CCCUAGGCCCACGCUAUACCCAUAAUAUAGCGACCAAAAGAGUUCCCUUACGAAUCAUACCUUCUUUGCUAUACACGUGCAUGCUAACAUGUCCUUUUGGUCCAGUUGCUCAACUCUGCCUAUUGUGGCACCCUCCACACCGUUGACCAUGUCCAGAGGUACAAGUACAGGACCAUUGGUUCUGCUUCGUUGCAAAUGUCGGUUCGACCUGUUAAACUCUCUUUUGCGAGCGAACCAGAAGUUCCCAAGGUUCCUAUUCCCUGAGUCAGCUAACUAUUCAACUGGACCUGUCCCUUGAUUAUGCUUGUUAAGCCCGUUCUAGGCUUGCUUGCUGCAAGCUUUGCAGCCGCAACCCCAGCCCCGAGAGCCGUCGAUGCUGUCAAGACCACUGUCAUCAACGGCCAGCAGUAUGUAUAUGAGAGCCUAGCAGGCUAUGGAUAUACUCCUGCGAACUCACGUGACAAGUUUGGUGACACGGCGGCAGGUCUCGGUUCCAGUGCUGUCCUAGAUCUCAAGACAUGGACCAAAGACAAGAAGACUGGGGUCUACUCCGGCAUCUUGUGGGCUCUUCCUGACCGUGGUUGGAACACUGAGGGUACUCUCAAUUACCAGCCUAGGCUGCACAAGUUCUCCAUCACUUUCAACCCCAACUAUACUUCUACGGUUGACAGCCCUAGCAAGCCAAAUCUCCAUUUCGAAUAUCUCGACUCCAUUCUCUUCACGGAUCCUGAAGGAACUCCCAUCACUGGUAUCGAUGCCGAUGCAACCGGACCAUACUUGACCUUCCCUGGGUUCCCUGAUCUGCCAUCCGCAACCUACAGUGGCGAUGGGUUUGGGGGUGAGGGACCCGGCGGUCACCGUGUUACACUUGACCCUGAAGGUCUCGUUCUCAACGCGGACAAGUCUUUCUGGGUUUCAGACGAAUAUGGCCCCUACAUCUACCACUUCUCCCCUGAGGGCCAACUGAUCAGUGCCAUCCGACCACCACCAGCCGUGAUCCCCCAGCGAAACAACAGCGACUCGUUCUCAGCCAACAGUUCACCUCGAUAUGACCCUGACCUUCAAGUCGUUCCUGCACAGAACCCUACCGGUCGAGCUAACAACCAGGGCCUCGAAGGUCUAACCGCCUCGCCAGACGGCAAGACCUUGUAUGCUCUCCUCCAGUCAGCCCUCGACCAGGAUGGUGGCCUCAAUGCGACCCAUCGUCGCUAUGCUCGCUUCCUCGAGUAUGAUGUUAGUGACCCGGCCAACCCAAUCUACAAGAGCGAGCAUGUUGUUCCUCUUCCCCGCAUUCUCAACAACACUCGAGUGGCAGCUCAGUCGGCCAUUCAUUACCUCAGUCCCACUCGCUUCUUGGUUCUUUCUCGCGACUCAGGACGCGGUCAUGGCUUGGACAAUUCCAACUCGACCUACCGUCAGAUUGACAUUUUCGAUAUUUCCAACGCGACGGAUAUCAAAGGCCCCACAUUUGAUUCGACCACAGGUUCCAUUGCCACCAACGGCACUCUCAACUCUUCAAUCAUCCCUGCAACGUACGACUCCUGGAUCAACUUCAACCUCAAUUCCCAGCUCAAUCGAUUUGGCUUGCACAAUGGCGGUGAACAAGAUGCUGGUCUCUUGAACGAGAAGUGGGAGAGCAUCGUCCUUGCUCCUGUCAACCCCAAAUCUGGAUGGCUCGAUUGGAAAUCAAGCAAGCAGUCCGCUGAGGACUACUUUGUCAUUAGUCUUAGCGACAACGAUUUUAUCACUCAGAAUGGAUUCACCAACGGUGGACAACUGGCUUAUGCCGACGAGAGUGGCUUUGAUCUUGACAAUCAGGCUCUGGUGUUCAAAGUCAAGAUCCCUUCUUCGUGAGGAGUACUGAUGAUCACCAGGAAGUAAGCAUUCAUAAGGAGAGCAUGAGAAGAGCAUUGCACUCCGUCCAUCUCAGUGAUUUUUCGCCCCACGCUAAAUCAUUUUUCAAUUCA